AUGGAUGAAUAUGAAGAGAAAUCGAGUCAAGUGAUAGGUGUGCUUCAGAAGCUCUCCGAUGCAAGAGCUAAAAAAGUGUUACUUGGAUUCUGUCAAGAUUUAAUUAAUGUUGAGAAAUCAACUAUUAACAAUAACAACACCAACAACAAUAAUAAUAAUAACAGUGGUAGUGGUAAUAAUGUUACUAAAUCAUUAGUACAAAGUUCAACAUCAGUUACAACAACAACAACGACAACAACAACUAACACAGAUCAUCUACAUUUGUCAUCUUCUUCAAGUUUAAAUGGAUCUAACAGUAAUAUCAACAAUAGUGGCGGAGGAGGUGGAAGCAAUACAAAUGCAACAACAGGAAAAUCAAUUCAUCUAAUUGAUCUUUGUCAUAGUCAUGCUAAAAGGUCACUCCAUUCAGCACAACCAAGUAUACUUUGGAAAAUAUUGGAAUAUUCAAUUGAUGAAUUGGAUUACUUGGAACAACUGUACUACCAAUAUAAAGAAACAAAAGAAAAUCAAAGAUUAGUUCAAACUACAACUUCCAGAUUGGACGAAAUUGCAUCGAUCAUUGCUUUUCUAAAUAGUCCUGAUAAAGCAAAUAGUAGCAGUGAAUAUUAUCAAUUAUUAUCGACAGUUAGUGCUCAAAUGAAAAGAGUAUCUUUAAGAUUUAAAGGUACUGCUGAUAAUAAUCAAUAUACUGGCGUUGUAAAAUAUGGUUGGAUAGAGAAGCGAUGUGGAAAUAAACAAUCUUUUAGAACAUGGAAAAAGAUGUGGUUUAUUUUGAAAUCAAAUGAAUUGCAAUAUUAUACAAAGGAUAAAGGAUUGUCAAGAAGAACAAGUGGUACAAUUCAGAAUGGAUUGGAAAUCAUCAAUUUGGAGGGUGAGAUCGGAAAGAAAAAAGAAGGUAAAGGUUGGAAAGUUCGAUGGAUGAAACUUUUGGAUAAUUCUCUGGUAUAUUAUAGAGCUCAGAAAGAGAAGGAACCACUUGGUAUCAUCAAUCUCAGUGAGUGUGAGUGGUGUGAUAUCUACAAGGACGUGUCCAACAAGUUUGUCGUUACACUGAAAACCGGAAAGUUCUACUUCCAAACCAAUUCGAAAGACGAGUUGACUCGUUGGGUCAGUGCAAUCAAGUCGCGCAUUCCAACGAACCAAUCGAUGCAACGAAUGGACCUGGCACAGUUUGCACUCAAAGGAAUCGUUUACCUUGCCAAUGUAACCAGUGUCCAAGACUGUAAUAAAUUCAAUACCCAACUGAACUGUAUAGCUAUCACCACGGAGAAGAAGAAUUUCUAUCUCUCUUUUGACAACCCACAAGACAAGAAUGAAUGGAUGAAGCUUAUCACCGAUAGUGCUAACAAUGCUCACAGUCGAGGUGCACCCAUUGGCCAGAAUAGUAGCCAGUUACCAGCUUCAUCGGGUAGUGGAUCCGGUUCCAUUAGAAAGUGGGAGGUUGGACAGAUCACUCAAUCACCUUCCAAACCUUUGUUGACCAUAAAUAACACUGGAACCAGUGGAGGUGGUAGUUCGAUGAAUCUCAGUUCCGAAGACAUUAAGAAUGAAGAGGACAUUGAGUAUGGAUCUCAGAUCAUAAAGAAAUCACGUACCUUCUCCAAAUCUGUUACUAUUUUCAAUUUCAAAUCGCCAUCCAAGAGUCCAUCUUCGUCCGGUGCAGCAACUGCACAAGAGAAAGAUGACAGUGACGAAGGUGACAGUGGUGAAGAUGAAAUCCUUCAGAUUCCACAUACUCUCAAGUCCGAGAUAUUACGUCGUUCUGCACAUCAUAUGUUGAAGUCAUUCAAGAUUGAAGUGUUUAUACCCUCUAUUCCCGAGCAGGAAACACUGACUUUUCUAUGUCCAGACCAUGUUUUGGUCGAUCAAGUCAAAGCUCUCAUCUUUAAGAAGACACCGACAUUGGAAAACCUACCAAUUUCCGAGUAUCGUCUUGGUUUGGACGAAGACAAUCUCUUGGAAAUUGAAUUCCUAAAGUUCAUCUAUUGCAAUACAAUGAUUGAAUUAUCGCUAAAGACCUGUGGUAUUGUCAAGAUUGGUGUGUUUCAUCAUCGACGAGACAGAAGAAUCAAAGAGAAGUUGUACCCCGACAAAUUCAAUCCGUUACUCUCUUCAUCGCAAGAGAGACUCGGUGCAGACUAUAGUCCAACUUCCACCAAAAGAUCCAUCAACCUGUCCACAUCUUCAGCAUCAGCAUCUGCUGGUUCCGCUGCUGCGACCACCGACAACUCUUCCAAUGCCAUACAAAAGCUACUAGACGAUACAAUCCUCAAUGCAUCGCCAUCUUCUUUUAGAUCAUCAAGUACACUCUCAUUGAACAGUAAUAACAGCACCAACAACAACAACAACACCGACAACAACUGUAGUAAUAAUAUUCAAAAAACACACUCAACACCAAACUCAACACUCACCCCAACCUCCACAUCACCAUCGAUAACAACCAGCUAUUUGGAAAAGAGAAACAAUAGUAAGACAAAUAUUAUUUCGACUGUACCAUCACCAACUACUGGCUUGAAACGACAACCACUUUUGCAAUCGUGCCACGGUUGGAUUAUAGAGCCAACUUCAAUGUCAUUGAAAUCCUACAACUGGAAAAUACUAAAGACAGAGACCAACUUUUAUAGAAAGUCAUUCCUCGAUAGCGAGUGUGUGGUCAGUUACUUGGGUGUAGAUCAAAAAGUUGGUCCAAUUGCAUUCACACUGGUUCGUACCGACAUUGAUAACUACCGUGGUAUCUUACACACCAAGCACGGAAUCAAAACCACCUGGGUCGAUAUAAAGACAAUUAAUUUCGGAAACAUCACCUCGCUUUCAAAGAAACUAAAGAAGAGAAAGAUCAUCAGUCACCUUAUUGGUUUGGUAGAUUCAAACAUCGAAAGUAAAGUACUCAAUUUGGUAACGAACCAAUCGGAACUCCAAAAAGAAUUAUUAUCACUCGAAGAGCGUCAAACAACAAGUGGAUUCAAAUUUGGUUUAGUGGUUUGUAAAGAUGGACAAAUUGUAGAUGAUGAUAUUUUUUCAAACCUUUCUGGAAAUAGUGAUUAUGAAGAAUUUUUAGAUUUGUUGGGUAGUAGAAUUGAAUUGAUGGGAUGGCCUAAUUAUUCAGCUGGUUUGGAUGUAAAGAAUAAUAGUACUGGUACACAUUCAUUGUAUACAGAUUUCAAGGGUAACGAAGUGAUGUUCCAUGUUGCCACAAUGUUGCCAUAUACACCUGGUGAUCCUCAGCAAAUCGAGAGAAAGCGUCAAGUUGGAAAUGACAUUUGUGUUAUUGUAUUUAAUGAAGGCAAUCACAGUUAUAUUCCAUCGAUCAUCACCUCACAAUUCAAUCAUGUUGUUAUAGUCGUACAAUUCGACAAAGCCUCAAAUACCUACAAACUAUCGGUAGCCACCAAAGACGAUGUCGAAGCAUUUGGUCCACCAAUUCCACAAUCCUUAAAGAAAACCGAAAUAAGAGAAUAUCUUUUAACCAAGUUGAUCAAUGCCGAAAUAGCAUCAUUGAACGCACCUGUAUUUUCAAACAAGAUCAUCCGCACAAGAGAAACCCUUUUGAAAUAUUUCAUAGAACAAUAUACUUAA